UUGACCCGUGUUGGCGCGCCACGUACGCUUCCGUGUCAUGUGCCAGUCAGCUGUUGUGUGUACACCUGUCUUGUUUUGCAGGGCACCUUACAAAGGGGCGUGUUGCUUUUGCCACCUCCUCGAGCUUGUAUCUAGGUGCUAGAUUAACAGGUGGUGUCUGUAGCUGCAGCUGCAGAGAUUCAGUAUGGCAGAACCAGCAGUGAAACCUGUCCCCAGUCACCUAGCUGACAGGUUUACCAAACUGAGGGAAUCUUUUAAACAGAAAUAUGGAACUGACCCAGAGUUCUUUGCAAGAGCACCAGGACGGGUCAACCUCAUUGGUGAACACAUAGACUACUGUGGGUAUGCUGUACUUCCCAUGGCCAUAGAGCAGGACAUUGUCAUUGCAGCAGCCACCACUGAUGACCAGAAGCUUACCUUAGCCAAUGUGGACCCCAGCUUCAGUGAGUUCACCAGCACUGUGGAUGCCUUCACCAUCGAUAAGUCCCAGCCGCGCUGGUUUCAUUACUUCCUGUGUGGCUUCAAAGGUGUGGUCGAACACUGCAAGAUCGACAAGCCAUCUGGUCUGAAUGUUAUGCUGGAGGGAACUGUGCCUAAGAGCUCAGGCCUGUCCAGCUCCAGUGCUCUGGUGUGUUGUUCAGGGAUGACGACUGCAAGAGCCAACAACUGCAGCCUUUCAAAGAAAGAGCUGGCUGAGGUUUGUACUUGGUGUGAACGUUACAUUGGUACAGAGGGGGGAGGAAUGGACCAGUCCAUCUCCUUCUUGGCUGAAGCUGGCACUGCCAAGCUUAUAGAGUUUAACCCACUGAAGGCCACAGAUGUGUCCCUGCCUGCCGGGGUGGUGUUUGUCAUCUCUAACUCCUGUGUGGAGGCCAACAAGGCAGCCUUCGCUCACUAUAAUGUGAGAGUGGUGGAGUGUCGACUGGCAGCUCAGCUCAUAGCAAAGUCUAAAGGCCUGGAAUGGAGGAAGCUGCGGAAGCUGGGAGAUCUCCAGGCAGCGCUGGGCGUGUGCCUGGAGGAGAUGGGUGUGGUCGUGGACCAACUGCUCCAUAAGGAUCCUUACAGCAGGGACGAGGUCUGCAAGGAACUGGGAGUGACUGUAGAAGAACUGCAGGAAACCAGUCUCAGCCAGAACACCAAAGAUUUGACUACAUUCCAGCUCCAUGACAGGGCUGCUCACGUGAACAGUGAAGCUGACAGGGUCUUCAAGUUCAAAGCCGUGUGUGACGAGAAGCCAGAUGAUGCAAUUGUACAGCUGGGGCAGCUGAUGAAUGCCAGCCAUGCCAGCUGCAGAGACCUGUACAACUGCAGCUGUGCUGAGCUGGACCAGCUGACACAGCUCUGCAUUGAUGCAGGGGCUCUGGGGUCACGCCUGACUGGUGCAGGGUUUGGGGGUUGUGCUGUGUCCCUGGUACCAGCCAACAAACUGCAGGACUUCCUCAAAGCGGUCCAAUCUGGGUUCUAUGACAACAGUCCCACCAGGAGCAAGAGAGUGGCAGAAAGUCUCUUUGCAACUCAGCCUGGUGAUGGGGCAACUUUCUUCACAUUGUAAAAAUGUAUAUCAUUAACUGUUUGUAGAAUAAAUUGGGCAAAAAUAUCUUUGAAACACUAGCAGGCUAUUUUGCACCCAUUGGCUCUAUAAAGCAAUCUUAAUUAGAUACGUAAAAAUGUUUCUGAUAUAACUAGUCAUAUAUUAAUUGCCAACUAAGACGUCGUUUUGAGGCUCAGUCAAUAGUCCAUGUAUAUAUGAUAAGAAUAGGAGAGACUUGAUAUUAAAAGAUAGGAUAAAGCUUUGCUUCAGUCAUAUCAUUGCUUGUUAAUCCACAGCCCUGAAAAUUGUGAUCUUAAAAAUAAAACAUCAGUAGUUAUGAUGAAUCAGUCAAAAUACAUGUAAAAGAUACAAUUGUUGUCACUCAACAUACCAGUCAUGUUGUAUUGCAUUAACAAUUAUGAUAGAAAAUCAUCAGGAAUCCAGAACAUGUGUAUUACGUUUUUCCCCUCAAGACAGAGGGUGAUUUAACAUUCUCCCUGAUGUAGAUAACUCUAUGCACCUUAAAUGGAAUAAAGCAGCUUUUAAUCCGUGCCUUACUGAACUUACUGUUACAGGUUGCAAAUAUUACAUAUUUUGAUAUCAUAACAAUAGUUGUAAUAAUAAAGAUUGUGGUACAAACAUG